AUGGACGCCUCCUGGCGGUCCUAUAGAUUUGAUUAUCGCGGUAUCCUUCGGGCUGUUCGUGCCGCCUCGGUUACUAAAGGCCGCAAAAUACGGAGGCCUCAAUGUUCAUCCUUCACUGCUGCCAGAACGCCUGCUCCAGGAUUUGAAAUACCGAAUCCUGAAACGUGCACGGUGCAGGAGCUGUUGGACCUGGUUGCUCCCAAGGGUGCGGAGAUGUUGAUAAAUGGCAUUCGAAACCGAAUCUUCGUUCCCCCGCUGAAAGACGCGGGUUGGCGUGCAGCUGCAGGAGGCGAUCCCAUCAUCCAUGCAGCCAAAAUCACGCCUGAAGACAGGCAUAUUGACUGGAAAAACUGGACGUGGAAAGAGAUCAGUCGACGCCAGCGAGUUCUGGGCCCCUUGUGGAACAUGGCCCUUGUGCCAGUCAAGCCGGUUGACGGUGGCGUGGAAUUCCAGAAGAAAAGAGUGAUAUUUACCAACGUCGAAGAGGCCAAGCCCGUUCCAGGAAGCGAGCCGCUUGCACUGCUUCCAGGCGUGCCGUUUGCAGAGGGUCCCGUGCCUCAACAACCCAGCGGAGAAAAGCCGCUCUACGUGUAUGCGCGAGAUGGAAAAUUGCUUCGCCUGCGCGAAGUGAAGGUUGAAGGGCAGCAGGCAAACGAUGGCUUUCGGGCUGCAUUCAAGGCUCAAAUGUUAUGUAAUCGGGCUGUUCGCUCGGGGGAGUCGGAGUUCUGCAUGUUCUACAAUCCAUUGAUCUGA